GCCCGACUCUCGAGCUUGUCUGUGUCGUCAUGCUGUCGGCUGUCAGCGAUGGAGUGGGAGAGGGGGGCCAUCGGGAUCGGGACUGGCUGGACCCCGUGUUCUCAACCCGCUUUGUGCUCGCGGAAUUGCCUAAGCUCCGCCUGCCGGCGGAAGGUACACCCCGAGAUGGAUCUUACCAGGUGAUCCACGAUGAGCUGCUGCUGGACUCGAACCCGCGUCUGAAUCUGGCCUCGUUCGUGACCACGUGGAUGGAGCCGGAGUGCGACAAGCUCAUUCUCGAAAGCAUCAACAAAAAUUUCAUCGACAUGGAGACGUACCCGGUUGCCACUGAGCUGCAGGACCGCUGCGUUAACAUGAUCGCUCGUCUGUUUCAUGCGCCAGUCACCGACCAGGUGCAGGCCGUUGGCACCAGCUGCAUCGGGUCGUCUGAAGCCAUUCUUCUGGCCGGUCUUGCCUUGAAGCGCAACUGGACGAACCGUCGCAGAUCCAAGAAUCUUCCAGCGGAUAAGCCGAAUUUCGUCACAGGAUCUAACGUCCACGUGAGCUGGGAGAAGUUCGGUAAUUACUUCGAGGUGGAGCAUCGAGUGGUGCCCAUCAGGGAGGGGUGUUACGUGAUGGACCCGGAGAAGGCGGUGGAGAUGGUCGACGAGAACACCAUCUGCGUCGGGGCGGUGCUGGGCAGCACCUACACAGGAGAGUACGAGAAUGUCCGCAAGCUCAACGAUCUUUUGAUGAUCGAGAAGGAGAAGACGGGAGUCGAGGUCCCGAUCCACGUGGAUGCAGCAGGUGGGGGGUUCGUGGCCCCCUUCGUCUGUCCCGAUCUGGAAUGGGACUUCAGACUGCCCUUAGUCAAGAGCAUCAACGUCAGCGGCCAUAAGUAUGGCCUGGUGUACCCGGGGGUAGGGUGGUUGGUUUUUAGGACGGAGGGGGAACUACCUCAGGAGCUGGUCUUCCACGUGAAUUACCUGGGAAUGGACCAGCCGACGUUCACGCUCAACUUCUCUAAGGGAGCAUGCAACGUCAUAGCUCAGUACUAUCAGUUCCUGAGGCUGGGACACCGCGGCUUCUGUCGGGUAAUGGAGAACUGCAUGGACAUUGCAGGGUAUUUAGCAGACAGCCUGGAGGGCACGGGGUUAUUUUACAUAUUAUCUAAGAAAAAAAAGGACCUACCACUGGUCGCCUUCUCGUUGAAGGACCGCAGUCAGCUCGAUGAGUACGACUUAGCAGAUCGGUUGAGAAAGAGAGGGUGGUUGUUGCCGGCGUACACACUGCCGCCCAACCUCACCCACGUGUCGCUGAUUCGAGCAGUGGUCAGGGAAGAUUUCAGUCGCACACUAGCGGACAGAUUGGUGCGCGACAUCGUCCAUACCGUCGACGACCUGAAGAAGAAGGCGGCGGCGAGGCCGCGCAAGGCAGCAGCAGAAGAAGCGCCAUCGGCGAAGGUCGAAGCCCCUGCCGUCGCUGCCGAUGCCCGCCCAGAGGAGGCGGCGGCUGAUGUCUCAGGCCUGGAAACGCGGGAAACGGGGGAAACGCGGGAAACGGGGGAAACGGGGGGAAAGCGGGAACUGCGGGAACCGGGGAGAGCGGCGCGAAUGUUGCGCGUUGGAGCGGAAGCACUCGGCAAAUGGAAGCGGCACCAUCCGCACAAGGAUAAUCCUAUCUGCUAAGAAGAUUACGUUGAGUAAAUAGUGAGUGGAUAA